ACAAGAGUACACGACGGACGGUCGGCCGGCCGGGCAAUGCGGUGGUUGGUGAGGCGGCCAUGUCUCAUGUGCAACAAAACCCUUUUCCAAAUCAAAGAAAGAGGAAUUCUCUCACGAUCCGCCGGUCUUCCUCCUCCCCGAAACCAAGUCCCAUUUCCCCAUCUCAUCAAUAAAUCCCCUCGCCCCGCCUCCCGGACCUCCGGCCUCGCCUCCGCCGCAGAUCGGCCGAUACACCGGACCGGGCUCUUCCUCCGCCCGUCCCCGCGCCGUUCCACCUUUUCCUGCGCGUCUUUUGGAGCAAAGCUCGCGCCGGAAAGCUUUUUUUUUUUCUCCGGAGGAAAAGGUCGCGCGCUCACGGGUGGAAAGGAAGCUCGGCGGUUUUGCUCCUCUGUCCAUCUUCUCUGGCUUUGGGGGCUUUGGGGAAGGCGGAGAGAUCGCUCGCUGCUGGCCUCGCCCGCAAAAAGCUCGGGAUCUCCUCUCCGCGUAAGGGGAAGAAUCUCUUUCAAGUUUGGGGCCGUGCCGGGAAGCUCAUUCAGAAGGCCUUGAGGUCUAGGACAUCGGUGAAGCUCUGGUUGUCAUAGCAGAGUUUCUGGCAGAUAUGUCUUUCCGCAGCAUAGUCCGCGAUGUUAGAGAGAGCUUCGGAAGCUUAUCAAGGCGGGGCUUUGAGGUGAGGAUUUCAGGCCUCCCUGGUCUUUCCGGCCAUCAUCACCGGGGGAAGUCUUUCGGGCCACCGGGUGAGCUGCACGGCGGAGCUGUGGUGGCUGACCAGAAUGGCUGGGUUGGUCUUCCUCCUGAAUUACUUCGUGAUGUGAUGAAAAGGCUGGAGGAAGGCGAGAGCACUUGGCCCUCCCGCAAAGAUGUUGUGGCUUGUGCGGCUGUCUGCAGUGCGUGGAGAGAGAUCUGUAAAGAUAUAGUUCAGAGCCCGGAGUUCUGUGGGAAACUCACUUUUCCGGUGUCGCUUAAACAGCCAGGACCUCGAGAUGGAUUAAUCCAGUGCUUUAUUAGAAGGGACAAAUCAACACUAACCUAUUAUCUCUACCUGUGCCUUAGCCCUGCUGUGCUUAGUGAGAACGGGAAGUUCCUGCUAGCAGCUAAGAGGAAUCGCCGGACAACAUACACCGAAUACAUAAUUUCUGUGGAUUCUAAAAACAUCUCACGGUCAAGCGACGGCUAUGUUGGAAAAAUGAGGUCGAAUUUCCUUGGCACUAAGUUCAUCGUCUAUGACACUCAGCCACCAUACAAUGCCGGGAGCCUCAUCCCAUGCCAGCGCGGCAGCCGUCGCAUCUCUUCCAGGAGGGUCUCCCCGAAGGUGCCAACGGGUAGCUACCCCAUCGCCCACGUGAACUAUGAGCUCAACAUGCUGGGCACCAGAGGGCCGAGGCGUAUGCAGUGCACGAUGCACUCCAUCCCGGCCUCUGCGGUUGACCCGGAAGGCGUGGUGCCUGGGCAACCCCAGCAGCUGCUCCCUGGUCCAUUCGACGAGUCCUUCCGUAGCACGAACGCCUCCUCCAGGUUCUCCAUUGCAGACUUCAGCAGCUCUCGCUUCUCAAGCUCCCGAUUCUCAGACGUAAGUGGAGGGUUGCGGCGAGACGAGGAAGAUGGGGAGGCCAAGGAGAGGCCCUUGGUCCUCCGCAACAAGGUGCCGAGAUGGCACGAACAGCUGCAGUGCUGGUGCCUCAACUUCCGAGGCCGGGUGACGGUGGCCUCCGUGAAGAACUUCCAGCUGACAGCAGCCAUGCCACAGGUGACGGCCGCUGCUGUGCUGCCGUCGGAACCUUCGCAGCCGCCCCAGCAACAGCAGCUCCAGCCUUCGAGUUCCUCAUCGUCUUCGAUGUCCGAUCACGAGAAGGUGAUCCUGCAGUUCGGUAAGGUUACCAAGGACAUGUUCACCAUGGACUAUCGGUACCCGCUCUCGGCGUUCCAGGCGUUCGCCAUCUGCUUGACCAGCUUUGACACCAAGCUGGCCUGUGAAUGAAUAGACCAGUAGCACAAGUAUUUAUGUGUCAUAUCAACAUCUAUUUUUUUAUGUUUCUGUUGUUGAUUUACUUAUUUAUUCCUUGAGUGUCAAGAAUGGCAAAAAGUCUAAAGGUUUGGUCGUUGCUACGUUUUUUAUGCCUCUGAACCUCUCUGUACAUUGUAACAGCAAAAGAUAUAAACAUCUUUGAAUGAUGCGUGCA